AUGUCUCACAACGUUAGUCAGGUCAUCUUCUUCCGUGUCAAAUCUUCCGUCAAGCCCGAAGAUCCAUCUAGUGAAGAAGGCGAGGCUCUACUGAAUAUCUUCCGCGCAGCUCAACAGCAAAGCGGCCAUGAAUGUUCAUCCUGGGGACGUACCUCCGAAGACGAAGACACUAUCGUCUGGGUUGUAGAAUGGACCGACGCCCGCAGCUCAAUAAACACCCGAGUGCUUGACCCAUUCCUAGCCCCAGAUAAUUCCCAGCCACCGUCGUCACUCCGUGUCACGUUUAGCCCACCACUCUCCUGCACAGAAACACUGACCAAAAACCCCGUGACCGAGCUGUGCACGCUGUCGUUCCCGAGUGAUCUCGAUGUGCUAGCGGUAAGAAAAAUCAACGCGGAUUUGAUUAAUCUCCGCACUACGCUGGUCGAACAGCUGCCACAGUCAGCAGGGCCGCGGUCGUGGUCGAUGGGACAUGUCGACCGGCCAAGUAAGCUGCCGCACGAGAAGAGCCCAACUGGGGAAGUCUUUGCGCACCUCCUUGCUGUUGGUUGGGAUGAUAUAGAGACACAUCUCAAGGUUAAGGAGACGGAGAAGUUUAUCACGAGUAUUGCGCCUCUGAGAGAGAAGAUGUUGCCGCCUAUUCCUGGUUUGGAGAUGAAACAUGUUAGUUUUCAAAAGAUUGAGGGUUAG